AUGCGACGCAGUCGAACGCCCCCGGCGGCGUCGCCCUACCGCGCUCUCGCCCACCAUCACGCCCAAUAUGGCGCCGGGUCGCAGACGGGCCAGCAGGCGCGUGACUCCGUGUCAUCUGUUCUCCGGUCCUUCAACGUCGAGACAAACCCGACACGACCUGUGCGCCCAUCCCCCCUGACGGCGUCGACCAUUUCGGACAUGCCCCUCGAUUUAGUCGACCGCAUCAGAUCAUUCCCGCUCUUCAUGUCUGCCCCGGACGACUUCCUCGCCGCCAUCGGCGCUCACCUGCGUCCUCAGAUACAUUCCGCACAUGACCACAUACUUACGGAGGGAGACGACGCAAAAGCGAUGUACUGGCUGGUCCGUGGCGUCGUUGCUGUCACGUCUCGCGACGGGGAGGCCGUGUAUGCGGAGCUCAAGCCUGGCGCAUUCUUUGGCGAGAUAGGCGUGCUCAUGGACAUGCCAAGGACAGCAACCAUCAUUGCGAGGACGAAAUGUCUGCUGGUCGUACUUAAGAAGGAAGACUUGCAGGCCGAGCUACCUAAUUUCCCCAAGAUGGAACGGACCAUCCGACAAGAAGCGCAGGAGAGGCUCGCUAUCCUCCAGAAGAAGCGGCAAGAAGGAGGGCAGACGAGGAAGCUCCCAGAUACUAGCGCCGCGAGCCUUGCGCGGGAGCCGGCACCUGGCGAGGUCAGCACGGGCGAAAUGGGGGUCAUCAAGGAGGGAGCGGUGGUGAACACGAAGAAACGCAAGUCCCCAAGCCCGGGAGUGGUGGAGGACCCGGCAGUUGGCGGCAGCGCCCUUGGGAGUGGCUAUGUGAACGUCCGCAAGACGCUCAAGGAGCUCCCCCUAUUCGCAACUCUGCCGGUAGAUAUUUUGCAUUUUCUCGGACUCAGCGCCCAGCCGAAAUCCUAUCCGCCCUUCACCGAUAUCAUUCGCCAGGGCGCCCCAGGUAACGACAUUUUCUUUAUCGUCCGCGGCGAGGCAGAGGUGGUGCAGGAACCACAGAGCCCUACCCUCAGGCGGACAACAAGAGCAACAUACUCGCGCCCGAGGUUGAAGCAGGGGCAGUAUUUUGGAGAGGUGGCUAGUCUGGGCCUGUCUCAAUGGAGGACGGCAACAGUUCGGACCGUUUCCGAUGUCGAGUGUCUAAUAAUCCCGGGCGAGAUUCUCGACGAACUUUGGAGAAGGUGCCCGCCCGAGGUCAAGUCCCAGGUGGAGGAGACCGCGAGGGAGCGCUACCAGCCAGAAGACGUCGAGAUGGAGGAUGUCGAAACGAAUGGUGGGAAACAGCCGCGAGCGGGAGAGCAAGCCCCCCCUACGGUUACGUUCAGCAUUCCACCCAAGCCAGUCUCACCACCAAUCGAAGAGGAAGACACUCGGCAGCCGUCCGACCCCGACCCAUUUUUAAGCGUGGACAUGGAAAACCUUCGCAAUCGACGGCGCAAUUCUCUCGCGCCCCCGACGCCACAGACGGAUUGCAGUGUCAUCGUGGGAGGGAUCAAGGUACCGCCGGUCACGCCCGCCCCUCCUCUGCUAUCCCCCAUCUCGCUCGACGACUCACCCUUGCCCGCCAAACGCGCACGUAUCUUCCCACAGAUUGAGGUCAACAAAGGCAAGGAUACGGGCACGUUCCCCGACAUUGUUUGGAUUGUCAUCUUCAACCACCUCGAUCUCCUCGAAAUGAUCCGCCUGAGGAGCGUCUGCAAGAAGUGGCGCCAGAUGCUGACGACCAGCCCCGAGCUCUGCACACGCAUCGACCUGAGCCGGAUCAACCGUCAGGUGGAUGACUGGUCGCUGACCAACAUCCUCGCCCCAUUCAUCGGCACGCGCGCGAUCGAGAUGGACAUCAGCAACUGCUUCCACAUCACCGACCAGGGGUUCCAGGCCCUGUGGAAGUCCUGCGGCAAGAACAUCAAGAUCUGGCGCAUGCGCAGCGUCUGGGACGUGUCCGCCUCCCAGAUCCUCGAGAUGAGCGAGUCCGCCAAGGGCCUCGAAGAAAUCGACUGGAGCAACUGCCGCAAGGUCGGCGACAAUCUCUUAGCGCGGGUAGUCGGCUGGGUCGUCCCCAACCCACCCCCCUCCCGCGACGGCCCCAACAAGAACAUCGUCAUCGCCCCCUCCGGCGCCAAACUCCGCCGCAGCCAGCGCAUCCAACCCACCAACCCCCCCACUUCCCAAUCCCAACCAACUCCCCCAUCCCCCGGCACCGUCAUCGGCUGCCCACGCCUCCGCCGCCUCAACCUCUCCUACUGCAAACACGUCACCGACCGCUCCAUGGCGCACCUCGCCGCGCACGCCUCGUCCCGCCUCGAGGCCCUCAGCCUGACGCGCUGCACCUCGGUCACGGACGCGGGGUUCCAGGCGUGGGCGCCCUACCGCUUCGCGCGCCUGACCCACCUCUGCCUCGCCGACUGCACCUACCUGUCCGACAACAGCGUCGUCGCCCUCGUCGGCGCCGCCAAGGCCCUCACCCACCUGGACCUGUCCUUCUGCUGCGCCCUGUCGGAUACCGCGACCGAGGUGGUGGCGCUAGGAUUGCCCGCGCUGCGCGAGCUGCGCAUGGCGUUUUGUGGGAGUGCCAAUGUGCUCGAGGGGUGUUCGCGUCUGGAGUGGGUGGAUGUGAGCCAGUGUAAGAAUCUCGGCGGGUGGUUGGUCGGCGGCGGCGUGAGUCGGUGGGGGUAUGAUGAGCGCCGGGGGGAGGGUGGGACGGAAGGGGAUUGGAUUAUUGAGCCGGCCCCUGGGGGACCCAUUACCGCGAGGGCUGCGCUGGUGCAGGCCCAGGGCGGGAAGAUUGGGUUGGGCGGUGUUGGUGGUGGGUUGCAGAAGAUGAUCGCGGGCGGGAUGAAGCCGCUUGGGCCGGGGCCGGUUUUGAGACCGGUCAUACCGCCGAAGGGGGCGCCUGCGAGGAAGGCGAGGAAGCCGGUCAGGAGGGGUUGGCAUGACAUGUAUCCCUUGCCCAACCGCACACUCACAGCUGAGACCAAUCGUGACCUCUCUCAACAACAAACGAUGGCGAAAGCAGAUGAUCCGAAUGCAAACAACGUCCCGGAAGGCCAUCUCGACGACCCCUUCUUACGCACCAUACGAUUGGGAGUACCGGACGAUGAUGCCAUUGAUGCUCUGAUUCCGGAAGCUCAAGCAACGACAGAAGAACGCUUCAAGGACCUUGACAUGAAUGGCGUCACCCACGUUGUGAUACAGCGGGAGUUCAUCGCCUACACAACGUCUGUGUGGACGGCUGCUGCCGAAGCAGGGAAAGCAGCAGGCAAUGCGGAGCUACCGCCCCUAAACGUCAUCGAGGUGAACUUCAAGAAAGUUAACGCGAAGCGUGUUGCAGGAAAUGGACGCACUGGUGAUGAAGUCUACGACUUCGUCUCUAAGGAAGGGGAGGAGGUCGGAGAAUCGGCGAUAUGCAGUCAGUAA